GUUAGUGAUAACAUGCUCCCAAAGCUUGAAGGAAAAGCUUAGGUAUAGUUAUGGCAUAUGGAUGUAAAAGAAUACUUUGGAAGGCAAUGUGGUAGUUGAAAGAGCGCGGGAAAGCGGAGUUGCGAAAGGGAAGGCUGAGUGAGCAUGAGCAGAGACGUAGCUUCACUUGGCGGCAAUGGAGACUCUGCAACCAACCAGCAUCCGGCCACCAACACAUUAGGUGUGGGAAUGAGGCCCACGCCAAGGACUCGCCACCACCCCUCCCUCCUAAAGCUUGAGGCCAAGGGAAGUCCGCCACAAGAGCCUACAAAAGCCCCGACUCUUCUCUUCCCUUACCCAUCCACCAUCCCUCUCACUGUCCAUCUCCGGAUCCACUGUGAGCCCGCUGAUGGAGGCGAGCGCCGGACUGGUCGCCGGGUCUCACAACCGGAACGAGCUCGUGCUCAUCCGUGGCCACGAAGAGCCGAAGCCAUUGAGGGCGCUGAAUGGCCAGGUAUGUGAGAUAUGCGGCGAUGAGAUCGGGUUGACGGUGGACGGGGAUCUCUUUGUAGCGUGCAACGAGUGUGGAUUCCCAGUUUGCCGGCCGUGCUACGAGUAUGAACGGCGAGAAGGGACUCAACUCUGCCCACAGUGCAAGACGCGCUACAAGCGAUUGAAAGGGAGUCCGAGAGUGGAAGGAGAUGAAGACGAAGAAGAUGUUGAUGACAUAGAACACGAAUUCAAAAUUGAAGAAGAGCAAAACAAGAAACAGCAGCAGCAGCAGUCGAACAAGCACAUCACGGAAGCGAUGCUAUAUGGCAAAAUGAGCUACGGCAGGGGACCCGACGACGAGGAGAGUAAUACUCCUCAAUUCCCACCCAUCAUCACCAGCAGCCGCUCUCGUCCGGUGAGUGAGGAAUUUCAAAUCGCUAGCGGUCAUCACCAUGGAGAUCUCCCAUCGUCACUGCACAAGCGUGUUCAUCCUUACCCAGUUUCCGAGCCUGGGAGCGCAAGGUGGGAUGAAAAGAAGGAUGGUGGGUGGAAGGAACGCAUGGACGAGUGGAAAUCCAAGCAAGGCAUCCUGGGAGGUGAUCCAGAUGAUGCAGACCCAGACAUGGCACUAAUGGAUGAAGCAAGGCAGCCAUUGUCGAGGAAGGUGGCCAUCGCUUCGAGCAAGAUCAACCCUUACCGCAUGGUGAUCGUGCUUCGACUCGUCGUGCUGGGCUUCUUCCUCCGCUACCGGAUCCUUCAUCCGGUGCAUGAUGCCAUUGGGCUCUGGCUGACAUCAAUCAUAUGUGAGAUAUGGUUUGCCUUCUCAUGGAUCCUGGAUCAGUUCCCCAAAUGGUUUCCCAUCGACCGGGAGACCUAUCUCGAUCGCCUCUCUCUCAGGUACGAGAGGGAAGGCGAGCCUUCCAUGCUAUCUCCGGUAGACAUCUUCGUGAGCACGGUGGACCCGUUGAAGGAGCCUCCGCUUGUCACCGCCAAUACCGUGCUCUCCAUCUUGGCUGUGGACUACCCGGUGGACAAGGUGUCUUGCUAUGUGUCCGACGAUGGCGCUUCGAUGCUCACGUUCGAGUCCCUCUCAGAGACUGCUGAGUUCGCCAGGAAAUGGGUUCCCUUCUGCAAGAAGUUCAACAUCGAGCCUCGCGCUCCUGAGAUGUACUUCUCGCAGAAAGUGGAUUACCUCAAGGACAAAGUCCAGCCCACAUUCGUUAAGGAGCGCCGUGUGAUGAAGAGGGAGUACGAAGAGUUCAAAGUUAGGAUCAAUGCACUGGUAGCGAAAGCCAUGAAAGUGCCCACCGAAGGCUGGAUCAUGCAAGACGGCACGCCAUGGCCUGGCAACAACACGCGGGAUCACCCAGGCAUGAUCCAAGUCUUCUUGGGCCACAGCGGAGGUCAUGAUACCGAGGGAAAUGAGCUCCCUCGCCUCGUUUACGUCUCCCGUGAGAAGCGGCCGGGAUUCCAGCAUCACAAGAAGGCUGGUGCCAUGAAUGCUCUGAUUCGUGUUUCUGCAGUCCUCACAAAUGCACCCUUCAUGCUCAACCUGGACUGUGACCACUACAUCAACAACAGCAAGGCCGUUCGAGAGGCCAUGUGCUUCUUGAUGGACCCUCAGAUUGGAAGAAGAGUCUGCUACGUUCAAUUCCCUCAGAGAUUUGAUGGCAUCGACAGGAACGAUCGAUACGCAAACAGGAACACCGUCUUCUUCGACAUCAACAUGAAAGGUCUGGAUGGCAUCCAAGGACCAGUGUACGUGGGGACUGGAUGUGUCUUUAGGCGACAAGCUCUCUAUGGCUACAACCCUCCCAAGGGCCCGAAGCGUCCGAAAAUGGUGAGCUGUGACUGCUGCCCAUGCUUCGGGCGUCGCAAGAAGCUGAAGUAUUCCAAGAGCGGCGCAAACGAGCCUGCGGCAGAUGCAGGGCUUGACGAGGACAAGGAGGUGUUGUUGUCACAGAUGAACUUCGAGAAGAGAUUCGGCCAAUCCGCAGCCUUCGUCACAUCAACGCUAAUGGAGGAAGGCGGAGUUCCGCCCUCGUCGAGCCCGGCAGCUUUGCUCAAGGAAGCCAUUCACGUCAUCAGCUGUGGCUACGAAGACAAGUCCGAAUGGGGUUUAGAGAUCGGGUGGAUCUACGGGUCGAUCACGGAGGACAUCUUGACAGGAUUCAAGAUGCACUGCCGCGGCUGGCGGUCCAUCUACUGCAUGCCGCAGAGGCCAGCUUUCAAGGGGACGGCCCCCAUCAACCUCUCCGACCGGCUCAACCAGGUGCUACGGUGGGCGCUCGGCUCCGUGGAGAUCUUCUUCAGUCGCCACAGCCCGGUGUGGUACGGUUACAAAAACGGCCACCUCAAGUGGCUCGAGCGCUUCGCCUACGUUAACACCACCAUCUACCCCUUCACCUCGCUCCCGCUCUUGGCUUACUGCACCCUCCCCGCCAUCUGCCUCCUCACCGACAAGUUCAUCAUGCCCACGAUUAGUACGUUCGCCAGCCUCUUCUUCAUAUCGCUCUUCAUCUCCAUCUUCGCGACCGGCAUCCUUGAGCUAAGGUGGAGCGGAGUCAGCAUCGAGGAAUGGUGGAGGAACGAGCAGUUCUGGGUCAUCGGUGGCAUCUCAGCUCAUCUCUUCGCUGUGAUCCAAGGGCUGCUGAAAGUCCUCGCCGGGAUAGACACAAACUUCACCGUCACCUCCAAGGCCACGGAUGACGAGGAGUUCGGGGAACUCUACACCUUCAAGUGGACAACUCUGCUCAUCCCCCCCACCACCGUCCUGAUCAUAAACAUCAUAGGUGUCGUCGCGGGGAUCUCCGACGCCAUCAACAACGGAUACCAGUCAUGGGGGCCACUGUUCGGCAAGCUCUUCUUCUCGUUUUGGGUGAUCGUCCAUCUCUAUCCCUUCCUCAAAGGGCUGAUGGGGCGGCAGAACCGGACGCCGACCAUCGUCGUCAUUUGGUCGGUGCUGUUGGCUUCCAUCUUCUCGUUGCUGUGGGUGAGGAUCGACCCGUUCAUCAUCAAAUCCAAAGGCCCAGAUACCAGGCAAUGUGGAAUCAACUGCUGAGCCGUCCUUAUGGUUUGCUUGUGUUUGAGACAAUGUGGGAAGUCUUCUAAGAUAACGUGGAUUUCGUACUAAAAGAUUGCUUGUGAUUUUUGCUACCAAUCUUUCACGUCA